AUGUGGUCAUCUCAAAAACGAAAUAAUGAAUGGUCUUCUCUUAAUCAACAAAUUGAUUGGAGAUCUAUAUGGCUUUACUUUAAUCAUAAUUAUAAACCAACAUACAACCUUACCAACUUCAAACUUAAUCAGCUUAAGUCCUUUAAAAUUAAAACAUUACUUAAUGAGUUGCCUACUUAUUCACUUCACCACACACUAUAUCUUAAAUUUUUCCACAGUAACAAAUGCUUUCACUGUAAUUCUCUUGACUCUCCAUCACACUGGCGUACCUGUGUCAAUUCUUCAUUACUUUACCAAUUAAUUCUAUCCACUAUCACAAAUUACCUUCACUUAGUUGAACUUGAUAUAUCUAAAAAUGAACUAGAAAAUUUAAUUCAAAAAAUUUAUAAACAUGAAGCAUUCUAUAAUAUAGCACCACAACCUUACUCAUAUUAUAUAGAGCCCACUCUCAAAGGCCUGAUUCCCCGAUCUCUAAUUCAAACUAUUCAAGACUACAAUAUUCCUUAUAAGACAGCAUCAAAUAUUAUAAUUAAAAAUCUAUUACUUAAAAUUAAUGAAUAG